AUGUCGACCGACAAGGAUCCCGACACUGACAAGGUCGCAGAGAAGAUCGCAUCCAGGAUUGCAGAUGCACUCGCGGAUAAGGUUGCGGAUAAGUUGCUUGAAAGGCUGGCCAAGACGCGUCGAAAACCCUUCGCAGAUUUCGCGGACUCUCAACCAGAAGACAAGAACGGCGAUGGCCUUUGGGCUGCCUAUCUUGAAGACGCUCUGGAAGAGGAUGCGACCGACAGCGAGCGCUGGAUUGGAUUCACUACCGGAAUGUUCGCUUUUACGGGCCUCUUUGCCGCAACUGUUGCGGCCUUCGUGGUCGAAAGUUAUCGCCUGCUCCGUCCCGAUACAAACGUGCAAACCGUAGCACUUCUAUCGCAGCUCGUUUCCGCGUCGAACAUCUCCCCCGUCGUUCCCAUCCCGGAUCUCUCCGAGGAAGUGUUCCCGGUACCGUUGCGCACAGCCAUCGUUGUCAACUCCCUGUGGUUCCUUGCGCUGGUGAUCUCGCUCGUGUGCGCACUCUUGACGGCUCUCAUACAAGAAUGGGGCAGCGAUUACCUGCAUGAUAUCCGCAAACCCUCUCGCGAGAUGACUAUUAGAGACUACGCAUCUUAUCACAUUCAUGUGCGCAUGGGCAUCGAGCGCUUUGGCAUGGACAACCUGAUGUCGUUCAUCAUCACCUUGAUGCACGCGGCCGUGGCCCUCUUUCUUAUUGGACUGGCCAUGUUUCUCUACCCCAUCAACCAUGUGCCAAGCUUCGUCGUCGAAGCCGCCGGCUUUGCCACAGCAGCGCUCUACGUGUCAUUCAGUAUCGUGCCACUCUUCGACAAUAGCAUUCCUUCGCGCACGCCAUUGACGCAUCUACUCAUUGCCCUUGAAUGGUCCAUUUCGUUCGUGCUUCUUCCCGCCUUGACGCUUGCCCUGCUCCCGCUUCUGAGUCUCGUUGAUGACAACCAUAUGUCGUGGUGGUCGUAUGACGGCGUGUCGUUCAUCGGCACCAUGUUGCAAUUGCUGUUACGCGAGCUUCUCCCCGUGCAGCGAUACAAUGUCAACGGGUCCCUCGAGUUGGCCAGGAUGGCCGACCGUUCGACGCCGAUGAAGGCUCGCCAUUUGAUCUUCAUGUGGCAGCAUAGCAGAGGCUAUAUGCUCGUCGACCAUCACAGCUCUAUUCUUCUGGACUACCUUCCACGCCAGCUGCUUGUCGGCAAUGGCGCGAAGACGUAUAGUCGCUUCUUCACAUUCCUGGGGCACAAUCCGCAGGUCAUGGAGCGUAUCCGGCACAUCAUGUCCUCGGUUACGACGACUGAGGCAGGUAUCGGGGUACUGCAGCUGCUACAUUUGUUCAUCCCAACAGAGCUCCGCGCUUCCCGUGCUCUGAGCCCCGAAUGGGUCGCACUGCGGCGGUCUGGGCUCCCUGCCGAGUUUCCUGACAUCGUCAAGAAUCUGAACGAGUUGAACAAGUCAGCCUUGGCUGUUGGAGAUGUGACGCUUUUCGUCGAACUCACCAGGUUCCGCGGAUCAUUGGCGGAGAUAGUGACCAGACCCGUCGCUGGAACAGCGCUCCCGCUCGUGAAUGACUUUACUAUGAAGCCCUUGCAAGUCAUGCUAGAGCAGCUGCACAGCGUUGAGGGCUUCCGCUUGCUCCCACUUUAUAGCCCCGAAACUAGUUCUCCGAACGUCACUCCCGCUUAUGCGACCACAUCGUGUCAGAACAUCGUGACCUUGCUGGCAAUCUUGAUCGCUGUGCAAUCUGGUGAAGCUGAAUUGCAGACUCAAUCGCGGAACAGCGAAGCAGGCGCCGAUCACCAGUCCUCAACGUCAACCUUAUCGAUGUCGAUCGGAAGCAACGGAUUGCUGCCGAAGUCGUACUUCGAUGACCUUCAGAAGGUGAAGAAGAGCAUGUCUGACUGGCUGUGGAGGGAUUGGUACCCCAAGACCACUCCUUCAGGUCCGAAGCCGCGGGCGUCCGAUAUAUUCUCGUUCCUGGUGGACUAUGCAUUGAUAAACGAACGGAUCAUUCACGAGAAAUACGAGUUCACCGCUGUGCAGGACGAGUCUGACGAGCCCAUGGUCACCAAGGAGAUCAUCGCGGACAUACUCACUCAUCUCGUGAAGCUCAUCGACGCCGACAAGCUGCACGACAUGGACGCCCGAGAGCGUGGGCGGCAGCAGUUGCGAGACGAAUUCGGGCUUAGGAUUGGGGAGAUCGAGUACCUGACCCUGGAGCAGGUGGCGCAAAAGGGUAUAGUUUUGAAGGAGAAUUAUGAAGAACAGGAGAGGCGGAGGAUAGCAAGGAGGAAAAUGCUGUUGAAGGCUAUGCAUGAGCAGAUACAGGAUUUAACGUCGCAGAUGAGGGCAGGUUCGACUGAAGGUGACAAAGUGCACAAUAAUGUCCUGGGCGCCAAGGAGGAGCCAUCAAGCAGCACCAGUCCCUCGACGCAGCGUGCAGAUGAGGGUGGCUCAGGAUCAAGUAACCCGGAGGACAAAAGGAAGGGAGUUGAAGUACCUGAGAAGACUGAGGAUCAGCAUGCGCCGAAGGAUUCUUGA